GGGUGGCGUGCGCGGCGGGCAACAGUCGCCGAUAGACCGCCGCGCGCGCCUCGCCUCGCGAAACAUAAUAAUUCACCGUCAAAAUGGCCUACGCAUGGGAUAACAGAGUCGCCUUCGUUGUGCGGUAUCUUUAUGAUAUUGACAACAACGGCUACUUAGACUCUCACGACUUCCAAUGCCUGGCACUGCGCUCCUGCGUGCUGGAAGGCAAAGGUGACUGCAGCGCCGCCCGUCUGCAGAAGUACCAGCACAUCAUGCUGAGUCUCUGGGAGGAGAUCACCCAGCUGGCUGACUUCGACAAGGUGCCAGACUAUGAUGGGAUGAUAACAGUUGAGGAAUUCAAACAAGCUGUUAAAAAUAGUUGUGUGGGGAAGAAGUACGAUGAUUUUCCACAAGCUAUGAAAGCGUUCAUCGAGUCCAACUUUAGAAUGAUUGACAUUAAUGCUGAUGGAGUGAUCGGCAUAGAGGAGUACAGAUACGACUGUGUGCAGAGGAUGGUGCUUGAAGACAUUAAGGUCAUCGACGACGCUUUUAACACUUUGUUAAAUGAUGACGACAGGAGGAAAGGGGGCAUCACACUAUCGCGAUACCAGGAGUUAUUUGCUCAGUUCCUGGGGGACGUCAACGACGACUGCCAAGCUAAGCACCUGUUUGGGCCCUUAGAAAUAUAAUAAAACCUCUAUUUCUUAAGCACAUGAAUGACACACCCACUUUACAUUACUAAAAUGAAACUUUAUAUUCGUAAAUGCGAUUUGAUAACCUUCAUUUUAAUGGUGUAAAGAAAGCCUUACGAGGCAUAAUUUUAUUAUAGAAAGUGUGUCUACUAUUAUUUUCUAAAAGACAUACUUUAAAGGCCUAAUAUUGAAAUUAUAUCCCCUAAUUGAAAUGAGAACAGCUACAAGUUUCAAGGCAAAUUUCUUUUAAAAUACAUUGUUAGGCAAUGAAGGUUAAAACGCGGGAAAUCUGCUAUAUCUGUGUACAUAACACCGACUACCUACGUCACGGGAAGCUAUACUCUCUAUAUUUACAAUAUUAUCUUUACGACCCGAAAUAUCGCGCCAAAAAUAGAACCACCGCAUCGAUACCGCACCAAAAUAACAACACAACAAUCGCGCGCGAAAGAUGCGUUCCCGAUUACGUAAAUUAUUUAAAAAUAACAAAAUACUUAAAAUAGUUUAUUCUUAAGUACGAUGCUAGUUAUAUUGUUACAUGGCAUUAUUCUUUCCUAACAUUUAAUUUUUUAUUGUUACCCAUGUUAUAUUUAUUCGUGAUAUUGUUAAGACGGAUUAUUUUUACUUAAUUGUAACUGUUGUGUGAUUUUUGGAAUGUUAGUUCCCACUUAUGGUUUUGAUUAAUGAUUAUUAUGGUAUCAUUAUAAUUAUGACAUAGACGAACGAAACAAGCCGAUAAGUUUAACGAUAUGCUAUUUGUGUACAAAGGCAGUAACUAUUAGAAGACUUUGUGGGGAAUGUAUGGGCAAUGUUGUCUGUUGUGCUCAAUAUUACAAAAUGAAUCUAGUCAAGCUUAAAUAUUAUUAUUUGUAAAUAUUCUUGUUAACGAAGACAUCAAAAUUAUUACGAUUACAA